AAAGGAGCAGAGUCGAGGGCCGGUGGUCAUCACGAGUUUGGUGGGCCCUUUAGGUCCAGUAGAAACUAUUUGGGGAUAACCAGAUUUACACCUGGCACCAUGACAAGUUGCAUUUUUCUGGCAAUUUCUCUUGUUUUGGCUACAGCUUUAGGGAAGAAGUUUUGCGUGACGUCACCGGAGCUGUACUACGCCAAUGUAGCUGGACGUAUAGAUGGGGGUUAUGAUGACAUCAGCUUGAUAGAUCAAACGCCGUGCUCACAAAAAACCAAUCUGGACAGGACCUACCGACAAAUCGACGGCAAAUGUAAUCACCCAAUGGACUAUGGCAGCGCUCUACAGCCCAAUAAACGCUACUUGCAACCACACUAUAUGGAUGAUAAAGGUAUUAACACCCCUCGGAUAUAUAGCGUCGUUGGUGGGACUUACCUCCCCUCACCUCGUCUGCUCAGUUGGAAGCUGUUCCCUGAUGUCAAAGUAGUCACAAACACCUCACUAUGGACAAUGCAGUUUGGCCAGUUUGUCAACCACGACAUUACAUCUGUCCAGUGCCAACAG